AUGCCUCCAUCUCGUACAGGACGUGCAUACGAAGGAUCGCCAUCCAGGAUCGCCACCAGGAUCGGUCCCACCGUCGCUUUGCUGCUAAUUCUCUUCGAGCAUCGCCGCGCAAGUUGCCUAAUGAGCAAUUCAGUGGAUGAUUGGGUGAGUGGCAGCGCUGUCGUUUGUAACGGCAUUCCAGGAUUGACGAAGGAUCAACGCGAGCUUUGCCAUAGAAAUCCCGAUGUUACCGUAGCCGCGAUCAAAGGGCUACAAAUGGCCAUAUCCGAGUGUCAACAUCAGUUCAUGUGGCACAGGUGGAACUGCUCGUCCCUCACAACUAGCAGCAGAACUCAACAGAGCAGCGUCCUUCUUCAACGAGGCUACAGAGAGACGGCAUUCGCCUACGCAAUUUCGGCAGCUGGCGUAGCUCAUAACGUGGCUCGUGCCUGCAGUAUGGGCCGCCUGCUUUCUUGCAGCUGCGAUCCUUUACACUAUAUGGAUAAUCCGCCGACAACUACCAGAGACGUCACAUUUAAGUGGGGUGGUUGCUCUCACAAUCUCGAAUACGGCAUGGAAUUCUCGAAGCAAUUCCUAGACACGCGGGAGAAAGCCGGCGACAUACAGUCUACAGUGAAUCUACACAAUAAUCAAGCCGGUCGUCUGGCAUUGGCGAACAACAUGCAGAUACGCUGCAAGUGUCACGGCAUGUCCGGGUCAUGUGAACUGAAAACCUGUUGGAAAAUCGUCCCGGAUUUCCGAGUAGUCGGCAAAGUCCUGAAGAAUCGUUUCAGAAAUGCUGUAUUGGUGACGCAAAGCAAUCUGGGCAGUGUGAUACCGUCGAAUAGGAUUCGAGGAUCGCGACGGAAGCAAAAGCAAAAGCAGAAGAAGCGUCGCGGCGGAGGCCGCAAGAGGAAACUUCGGGAUCUCCCUAAUCAGCUCUACUACUACCAGAGAUCACCGAAUUUCUGCGAACAAGAUCCAACGAUCGAUAUUCCUGGCACCGCUGGUCGUAGAUGCAACAAGACCAGCACCGGCGGAGAUGGAUGCUCCAAUUUAUGCUGCGGUAGAGGUUACAACGUGGUACGACAGCGGCGAACGGAGCGGUGCAGAUGCAAAUUUCACUGGUGCUGCUUUGUACAAUGUCAGAAUUGCACCGUGGAGGAGUGGAUCACGGUUUGCAAAUAA